AUGAAGCUCUUCGUGGCCUUUGCAGGGCCCGAAGAAGAGGUGCGCUUCGUGGUGUUAAUCGAUGCUGCGAGCACCGUGGCCUCCCUGCGGCAGCGAAUCCAAGAAGACUUCCGGUCCGUCUUUCCGAGCAGGUUGCCCGUGAUCUUUUUCCGCAUGGCCAGCGCAGACGGCUUCUUCUUGACAGAUGCAGCCGUGGUGGGCGAAGUGCUGGACGACGGCAGCACGGUGACCUGCCACCGCGCAGAUUCUGAGGUGACGGGCGCGCCGUUGCCAGACAAGCCCAGCUUGGAAGAGGUGAGGGGCAUCUUCGCGUCCUUCCGGGCACAGAUUUCCUACAUCGCCCGGACGGUCUGCCACGCCGCGCUGAAAGCCCAUGGCGAGGCUAGCUCCGAGGCCAUGUCCAUCCUGCUCGCCAUGUUGAUGCUUGGUGGUCCACAGCUCCUGCAGGUCCGGACAGAUGCACUGGACAUUCUGCGGAGGCUGCUGCCGGCCCAGGACGGUGCGGCCUUGCCGACAUUCCUCGCAGCUGGUGGCCUCUUCGUUCUGCUCGGCUUGCUCUCGCCUUCCACCAAGCUGGAUUCCGAUCCCGAGGUGCUGGAAAAGACUACGCAGCUCUUCCUGGAGCUGGUGUUGCAACACGGCACCGCCCUGGCGCCAGUGCUGGAGGACUGUCAUCCCAUCAUCCUGAUGCAAAAGCUGGCGAAGGACUCCAGGUGCACCUCCAGGAUGAAGCAGAAUGCAUAUGCAGCACGGAAGGCACUGGAGAAGGUUGGCCUCAGUGCGAGCGCCACGACGAAAGAAGGUGGCCUGGGUGCGGGCGGGAGCGAGGGAAAGCCCCAAGUCGAAAGAAGCAGGUUGCAGUCAGCUGGUGCGGCUGUCGCAAACGGAGGCUACUCUCCGUCAGGAAGGAGUGGCUCUCUGUCUGAGAGGACACCGACUCCAAUUCUGCCUGGAGGGAUGACUCUGCGACUCUUGCUGGACCAGAGGAAGCUCAGCUUGGACUCCUCUGCCUUGGGCCAGGCCCUGUCGGAGUUCGAGGCCAAGGUCGUCAGCAGCCAGGAGGGUGCCCUCCACGAGCUGGCGGCAGACUCUGGGUUCACCGAGGUUCUGUCGAAGGCAUUGCAGUCAGCAGGAAGAGGCGGAGCCUUGCAUUUGCUUCCCCGCUUGGGCAGAGUCCUCGUCCGCCUCAGAGGGGAGCCCCGGUCGCGGGCGGCCUUCGUCCGACAGCUGGGCCGCUACCUCCGUUUCGGGGAGGCCCUUGAGGUGCUCCAGUCGUCCUGGGCGAAUCUGCCAGAGGCCCUGAGGUCGUCCAUGCUGGAUGUGAUGGAGGAGAUGAUGCAGCAGAUUGCCAGAUCGUCCGCCCAUGUGCACGAGCAGCAGUCCGUGCUGGUGCUGCUGCAAGAGCACGUUCCUGCGGAGCUCCAGGCCCUCGCGCUGCGCAUGCUACGGAGACUGGUGGACCCUGAUGGCGUCUCGGGUUCAACGUUCCGCAUGUCUCCGAAGGCCAUCAACUCAGGGCUCAUGCAUGUCAUGCCGAGACACCCGCUCGCGUGCCUGGACAUUCUGGGUACACUGGCCCUGAAGGAGGACUUCCGGCACUUCUUUUCGAACCAGGCUUCGCUUCUGAAGUUCCUCGCGCACUGCUGCACCCAGCCGGAAGCCUGUGCCGUCCGAGGCGCACAAAGCCACGGCCCGGUUGCAUUGCAAAGGGCUGCAUGCAGGUGCCUGGCCAACUUGGCUUCACAGCCCGAGGUGCGCGACUGGGCCAGGCAGGCACCAGCACUACAGAGCUUGCACGAAGCAACCGGCGACCUGACGGUGCGGGCUUACUUAGGAAUCUGUGGGGAUAUGGAGUUUUCUAUCCAGGGUUGCCGCAGUGGCAAUGCGCUUAGCUUGAUCUGCGUGGCGCUGGCCGUUUCCAGCAGCUACCACAAUGCACCCUGGAAGCUUGCAUUCUUCCUCGUGUUCGUGGCGCCGGCGCUGGCGCUGAAGGGAAGAUUGAGGAGAGGUGUGAAGGCACAGUGCACCUCUCCGGUUCAUGCCGUAGACGGAGGUUACGUCGUGUACGAAGCCUCAAUGUUCAAGGACGCAUUCAACGUCACUGCCAUGUGUGCAGAUCGAUACAAAGGAACUGCCGUUGUGUCACCUUGUUCAGAUGAUCGGACACCCUACUCUCUCAGUGGCUGCUCUGCGGAGAGUUGCACCGAACCGGGUGCAGCAGCCAUGAAAGGCUACGAGCUAAGCCCAUUCUCCUUGGAAAGGCCAAGCUUCAGCGUCACAGUAAAGUGCACCAGUGGAGUUGGUUUCGGAAAAGCUCUAGCGUGCGCAAAAGACGGCGAGCCAUACACUGUCGAGGGUUGCCUUGUUGGCGAAUGCACAUCACCAGCUGCACAUCUCGCAACACAGGGGUAUGUCGUGUAUGAGGCCUCCAAGAUGGCUCACAGCUUCAACGUAACUGCGAAAUGCGCAUCUGGCUACAAGGGCGCUGCUUCCGUCUCCACGUGCCAAACAGCUGGCACUCCGUAUUCACUCACGGGCUGUGUGCCAGAGACAUGUGCACCGCCUGCAGACGGGAAGGGGUACGAGCUCCAAGCCUUUUCGAUCGAUCGGCCCAGCUUCAGUGUGUCUGUGAAGUGCAGCAGCGGCAUCGGAGUCGGCAAGGCCAAGGUGUGCACAAAAGAUGGCGAGCCCUACACGCUCGAGGGCUGCUACAUCGGUCAGUGCGCAUCGCCAGUCGGCCAGGCGGCGCAAGGCUAUGUCGUGUACGAAGGUUCCAAGAUGGCGCACAGCUUCCACGUAACAGCGUCAUGCGCUGCCGGCUACAGAGGCAGUGCAUCCGUGUCUGCUUGCGAGGAUGCAGAUGCACCGUACUCUCUGACCGGCUGCUUUCCUGAAGUUUGUACUGAGCCCAGCUCGAAAGAGACAGAAGGCUACGAGCUGAAAGUCCAUUCACUACAGCGGCCCAGCUUCAGCGUCUCUGUCAGAUGCAAAUCUGGCAUCGGGUUUGGCAAGGCGAAAGAGUGCAGAAAGGACGGUGAACCCUACACAGUUGAGGGCUGCUACAUGGGCGAAUGCACAUCACCUGCUAACCUGGCCGAACAUGGCUAUGUAGUGUACCUCGUUUGCAGAAAGCCAGAGCCCAACGGUUGGAGGUGGGCGUUGAUGGCACCCGAUGAAGCAGAUCUAAGGUACGAAGGCUCCAGAAUGCCUCACACUUUUGAUGUUCGAGCCACUUGCGCUAUUGGCUACAAGGGCACGCCUGAAGUCAAAGCGUGCGACAAAACACAGCAGCCGUACUUGCUCAGUGGAUGCAGCGCAGAGACUUGCGUUGAGCCAAGUGUCGUCGACCAGGCCAACUACGAAGUCGAGAUCCACUCGCUGUCCCGGCCAUUCUUCCGUGUGACGGCCAAAUGCAAGCAUGGCUUUGGAACUGCCAAAGUGAAAGAGUGCCACAAAGAUGGCGACCCAUUCGAGCUCGAAGGCUGCAUGGAUGCUUGCGCCUCACCCAAGAAGGCUGCGGAGGCCGGCUAUGUGGUGUUCGAAGAAAAGCUGGUGAUGAGCGAAUUUUCAGUGUCCGCCAGCUGUGCUGAUGGAUACAAGGGCACCGCGACAGUAGGCACGUGCGGAGCUGCAAACGAGCCCUACGUCUUGACGGGAUGCUCGCCUGUGAAAUGUGCUGAGCCAAGCGCUGAAGACAAGGCUGCAUACACUCUGACGGUGCAUUCAGCGGAAAUGCCAUCGUUCAACAUUGUGGCCAACUGCAAGAACGGCGUUGGAACUGCCAAGGCCAGGGCAUGUACCGAAGAUGGACAGCCUUUUGUACUGGAGGGCUGUCCAUCUUUAUGUGUCUCUCCGAAGAACAGUGUCGAGCACGGGUACACGGUGCUGGAGAAGUCCUUGCUGAUGAGCGACUUCGAGGCCCACGCAGUUUGUGCAGAUGGCUACACAGGUGCGGCGGCUGUGUCCAAGUGCGCAGCCCCGAACGAGCCCUACUCCCUCAGCGGCUGCUCACCGGCGAAGUGUGCCGAGCCGAGCAAUGCGGCGGCGUAUGACUUGACGGUUUCAUCGGUGGAGGUACCAUCCUUCAAUGUUGUGGCCAAGUGCAAAAACGGUGUGGGAACUGGAAGGUCCAAGGCCUGUGCCAAAGACGGUGAGCCAUUUCUCUUGGAGGGCUGCCCUUUGAUGUGCAGCUCUCCCAAGCGGACCUCCGAGGAUGGCUACGUCGUGUUUGAGAAGUCCCUGUUGUUUGACGACUUCACUGCGCAUGCCGUUUGUGCGGACGGCUACACCGGCAAAGCCUCCGUCGGCAAGUGCAGUGAAGUGAGUCUUCCAUACACCCUUGGUGGCUGCGCGCCAGCGAAAUGUGUGGAACCAACUGGGGCUGAAAUGUUCAAUUACAACAUUGCUGUCAACAGUCUGUACCUGCCAACAUUCAGUGUCACGGCAACGUGCAGAAAUGGAUCUGGUCGUGGCAAGGCUUUGUCGUGUCAAGGCGACAGGCUGCCCUACAAGCUGGAAGGCUGUGAUUAG